UAAUCAACUAUCACAGCUUUCCAUAAUAAUGGACUGGUGCAAUAGAUCUUUAUAUCUUGGAUUUGUUUAAAUUUAUGUUAUGGAACUCUGGAAUUGUGAACAUACAUGUACAAUCUGUGUUCAUGUUAAUACUAGAUUUUUUAAAUAAUGGGUGUUGUAAUGAUUGAUAUUUACUUUCUAAUUUGAAUGUGAAUAAUAACAUAAUAUGCUUCAUGAUUGUGACUAAAAUUUUUCAUGUGUCUAAAAGAUGUUUCAAUAUAGUUUAUAUAGUACUAUGUAUUGAUAAAUUGCUUUUAUUUUGUUAUGAAUGAAUGAAUUAUGGUGAUAUGAUAUGAUAUUAUGUUAUAUAUUUAAAUAAAAUACUAUCUAAAAGUCCCAUUAGUAAACUAAUAAUAAACAAAAUAAUACAUCAGCAAAAUUUUGUUAUCAAUAUAAAUGUAUAGCUGCACUAAACCAAUUUUGGCCCUCUUCUUGUUUGUGCACAUGAUAUAUAAUUCUCAACAACAAAUCUGAAAUAAAAACCUCAUGAAACAGUGCUUUUGGUAUUUGGGUAUAAUUUUAAAAAGCUUGUUAUUUACUGUGAAUGGCAAAUUUUACAUUUCUUUUUUGAGUAUAUGAAACUGCUGUGCUAUUUACGCUCUCUUCCAUAGUUCUCUCAUUUCGGAUGACAACAAAUAAUGACAUAGAUAUAAGAGAGAAUUAUACUUUUCUUUUUUCUUUUCUAUGCUAUGUUUUUCUGGUAUAUAAGGAGAGAACAUGAUAUACCCUAUUUAAACUUUUUCUCAUCUCGCAGAAAUUUAUCCUUUCAAAAUCCUUUCAAAUUUGGCAUAUAGAGUGAUGUGAUUUUGGUGAAAUUUGAAAGAAUAUCUUGGAAUUACAGUAUAUAAUACAGUUGAAAAUUUAUCAACUGUACAAAUGUAUUUCUUAGUCUGGAAGAGAUUUGAUUGCAUUAUUGACUUUUUCUAAGUUUUGAUUUAAAUAUUUGCAGUUGUGUUUAAUUGCUGUACUAUUUGAAAUGUUUUUUUUCACAAAACUUAAUAUCGAGAUAUAUGGAAUAUUUGAUAUUGUACAUGGUAAAACAAGCUAAUAUAUCACAGUGGAUCUUUCAGGUGGCAAAAAUUUGAAGGCUUCGAAUGUCUCUUAAAUCUUGCAAAAAUCUCUUUGGGGUAAAUUUUUGAUCUUAGUUAAAUAUUAUUGAUGUAUAUGUUUGUUUAUCUGCUUUGUUGUCAUUGUAAAGUAUUCUUUCAUGUAAUCUCAAAUUAUUUUCAAAUAUUAUUUUAUGUUUGUUUAAAUGUAGAAAACUAAGUAUAUCAUGGUUUUUAAUUAGUGUGUUCUAAAGUGAAAUUAGAUGUGAAUUUUAAAUGGAAAUAUCACUUUGGAAGGAACAUGGAGAAUAUAAACACUGAUAAACAGAGGCAUGUUUCUAAUGAAAUUGAAAUGCCACUGCAGAAUGGAUUUAGCAAUGAUUUUGACGAAAGUUCAGUAAAAAAGUAUUCAUUUUUGAAAGGAUCAAUACCGCGAUUACGAGAUGGUGAUCCUGAUGUUGAUAGACUUAUUUCAGCAAAUAAACCAGUCGUCAUCACUGAUUCUAAACUUGUCCAAUCUGCAAAAGACUGGAAUCUUGAAUAUCUCGAAAAAAAUAUGGGAAAUGGAAAGAAUUUUGUUUUUCAAUCUGAUACACGAAAAUUCAUGUAUCAUGAUGAAAAACGAGUUACCCAAUGGCCUGGUUUUAGGAGGCCAACAAGGCGUUAUGAAAUGAAAUUUUCAAAUUUUGUUGAAAUGUUGCAAAUGGGAAGAGAAAGGCUAUAUCUGCAGCAAACAUUAAACGAUACUGUCGGUCCAAAUAUGGUUCGAGAUUUUGUAAAGUUUCGAUGGGAAUGGUGUACAAGAUAUCAGAGAUUGUGUAGAUGGGGCGAUCUUACUUCCAAUCUUCUGCUCGUAGGGAUGGAGGGUAAUAUAACUCCAGGACAUUUCGACGAACAAGAAAAUUUUUUUGCUCAAAUUUUGGGCCAUAAACAAUGUAUAUUGUUUCCACCUGAUCAGUUUGAAUGUCUAUAUCCGUUCCCUGUAUCUCAUCCCUGCGAUAGACAAAGCCAGGUUGAUUUUGAUAAUCCAGACUUCACAAGAUUUCCUAAAUUUCAACACGUAAAAGCAAUUGAAGCAAUAGUUGGGCCUGGUGAUGUUUUAUACAUUCCUAUGUAUUGGUGGCACAAUAUAGAAUCUUUGCGAUCAUCGACCCAAUCAAAUACGUUUUCACAUGAAGUACCACCACCCGUCACUGUUUCAGUUAAUUUUUGGUACAAAGCUGCUGCAAUACCAGACAGAAUCGAACGACCUUUGAAAGCGAAUCACAAAGUUGCUGUUAUGCGAAAUAUUGAAAAAAUGUUAACUGAAGUUGUUGGCGAUCCAGAAGAAAUUGGCAAUAUGUUGAAGACGAUUACCGAAGGACGAUAUGAUCACCAACAACAGAUAUCUUAUGAUACUUAUCAUCAAUCAUGACAGGAACUUGAUACUUUUUCACACAACUGCGAUGAUGAUUAACCUAAAAUUACGUCAAGCGUCAAAUUGUUUACAAAGCGGCUUCGAGAAAUAAAAAUUUGAAUAGGUCUAAAUUGUUCCCGAAGUAUAUGACAUUGGUAUCAUGGAUAUGACAGUAAAUAUGAGCAAUGUCAGUUUACCAUUGGACGUUGUAAUGCAGUGAAUUCCGCCGUCGUGAUGAAUCGGAAUGGACCACCCUUUCCAGUUAUUCAUCAAUGCCCUCGUCUGCUCGUUACCAAGUACCGCCUUGCGGAAUGAAUAUAAAAAUGAUAAUAUAGGUCCUCCUUUUUGGUUUCCCGACACCUGACGCAGCUCCUUCAAAGUGGUUGAUUUGGCCGUAUCAAUCUUGACUAGUUUGCCAGCAGUCAUUUCGUGAUCGGCCUUUUAUAUUUAUAUAUCAUUUCAGUGUACCAUUCUGUAUUUAGGUAAAUUGUAAUUCUUUGUCACUUCAACAAGCUACGUGACUUUUGCGGGUGAUGUAAUGGUCGCAUUCUUGUCUUGUCAUGCGUACGUGAGUCACAUGACCGCGCGGUCCAAUUUAUUUUGUGACGUUCGAUGCGGUGUGAAGGGUUAUCGCGUCUGGAUAAGAAGAUUACCUGGUUAAUUUCCUUCUAGUAUUUAAUUUGUUUUUUCAUUUGACUGAUAAUCCCGCAUAUACUCAUAAAUACCUUAUUUCGCUACAUUUCGAGUGACCUCUUGAAGAGUAUUUUUCAUAUAAAUUUAUAAAGACUUUAAGACGGAAAUAUACAAAUGACUUCCGAAUUUUGCAUCAAAAUCGGGGGUACUUGAUUGUGAAACUUCGUUUUGAAUAUACGCGCGGGGCGUUAUAAGGGUUGACAUUUUAUCAUAAUCACCUUCCACGACAAGGAGGGAGAGAAUUCGUUCGUCGUUCAUCAUGUUAACACUGCGGUCCCGCACUUUUAACUACGUACUGUUUCUAAUGCAUUUUCCUAUCUCUGUUCUAAAUAUUGUUUUAUUCUUGACGUCUUGAUAAUGAACAAAUUAUGAACAGUUAAUCUUAUGUGCAACCUUCUUUAUGAAUGAAAUUGAAGGUUAUGCUCCUAGUUAUUACCAUUUUUUUUCGUCUGUUGAGAACAUCCGAUUAUUUCAUGCCGGGCCCUUUUUCGAGUUUACUUAGUGGAAUUUUUUGAUGAAAAUUACAAAAACAAUGCUUCUUAG